AUUUUGAAAGUCACGCUCGAUGGGCACGAGCUGCUUGAGUCCUUGUAGUUGAGGUCAGCCGGAGACCCGCGUGAGCUACUGGGAGUCUGUGGAGGUACAGCAAGAAUGGUGAUGAAGAUAAGAAAGUUGCUAAGUCAUGGAUAGGCCGCCACAAUGACACAUGAGACCCUUACAAGCUCCCAGCUGUCUGUCAAGGCUGCUGCCCUGCGCAUGGUCGACUUACCACUCUCCGUGUACAGCUCUCUGGCACAGGUGAGUGUCAGCACAGGCACCAAGAAGCUGGUAGCAGCCACUGCCUUUGGCGCUGCUUCGCUUCUCUUCCUUGCACGCCACUUCCAGAGGAGGAAGGGCAGAAAGAAGGCUCUCUCACCUCAGUGGGAGCAGGAUGGCUUUGAGCUUCUCUCCCCGGCCUCAGCAGAGAACGAUAACACCAGUCAAAACAUCACUCUCUCCCUCAACUCCAAGAAUGGCUACUCCUCUGGUCUGGUUGUCGCCACAGGAGACUACAGAAAACUGCCUGGGUCUCUGCUGAACCUGGCCUCGGUAAAAAGCAUGAACUCAUCCAGCAGCAGUACCUGCGCAAAUGAAUCCACCUGUUGGGACAGAGUGGGGGAAGCUGAUGUCUGCAGUGUGGUCAACUUACCUGUCACCACACCUGAAAACCUGUACCUUAUGGGUAUGGAUUUAUUUGAGGAGGCCCUAAGGCGGUGGGAGGAAGCGUUGACAUUCAGGAGCAGGCAGGGCGAGGACGAUGCCAGCUGUGCAUCUGUCAAAACAGAAGCUGGAGACGUCAUCGCUGAGCGGAGCAUGGAGGGCGUCAUCAGCACAGAGUUCACCCACAGGCUGAAGUCUCUGCUGCAGAGGGCUUAUAGCCUCCAGGAGGAGUUUGAGGGAGUGUUGUGCAUGUCAGAGCCCUCAUCCCACAGCAGCAGUCACGAGAAAAUGGCAGACCUUUCGGCCAGAGAGGAGCUGGACGACGCCUGUCUGAGAGACAGCAUCAGCAUCGCCUCCACUGACUCAUUUGUGUCUGCUGCUGAGCUGUCGGAGCACAGAGAGCUGAGGAGUGUCUUCCCUCUCGGUCAUCACCCUUUCUACGAGGAGGCCCUGCAGAUGGCCGAGGAUGGCAAGAUCUCCUGCAGGGUGCUGCGGACAGAGAUGCUGGAGUGUCUUGGGGACGUAGAUUUCCUGGCCAAGUUGCACUGUGUUCGGCAGGCAUGUCAGCUCAUUUUGUGCGAGAGAACGACCAGGAUGUUUCUGGCUGACACAGGAAAGAAAAUACUGUCUUCCAUUAUUGUUAAAGCACAGAAGAGCCCAAAGAGAUUCGAAGAAGAGUUUGAGGAGAUGAUUUCCUUCCUGGAGCACACAGAGCACUGGGAAAACACAGAGGUGGAGCUGGCCACACGAGGGGUGAAGCACUUGAAUUUCUAUGACAUAGUGCUGGACUUCAUCCUGAUGGACUCAUUUGAGGAUCUGGAGAAUCCACCAAUCUCCAUCCUGAACGUGAUCAACAACCGGUGGCUCAACAGCUCCUUUAAGGAGACGGCGGUGGCAUCUAGCUGUUGGUCCGUUAUGAAGCAGAAGAGACAACACGUAAAGGUCCCUGAUGGCUUCAUUGCCCAUUUCUACGCUGUGUGUGAACAGAUCAGCCCCGUUCUGGCCUGGGGCUUUCUGGGGCCCAAGAGUUCCCUGCACGACCUAUGCUGCUUCUUCAAGGAUCAGGUGCUGUACUUCCUAAAGGACAUUUUUGACCUGGACAAAGUACGUUACUCUUGUGUGGAGAGCCUCGCAGAGGACAUGCUCCACCUGUUACACCGCCACUCUGAACUAUUGCUGGCGUACCUGGGAGCAGACUCCCUGCUGCACGUCACCAGCUGCAAUCCUCCCCAGGUCCAGCUAAUGCCCAGUGCCCUGCUGGAGGCGCGAGUGCAGUGAGGAGAGCCAGGGUCAUCAAACGCCAUACACAGAAAUCGCAGAAUUUAUUCGGCGAGUUCACGCCAACUGUCGGACCGAUCACAUCUCCUAUCCUAUUUAUGUAUUUGAGGAGCCAUAUAAACUGUACAAGCUGUCUGCCUUCACACUGGAUCAUUAUCUCCUCUCCCCAGCCCCCUUCCAUUGUGCCAUGGCAGUGCACGUUAGUCUUAAAAUAUCAUAGCAAUAAUGUGUAAAUUAAUCUGCUGAGAGACUGGCAUUAAUUCUCUUGCAGUAGAUAUUUCGCUGUAUAAAUUAAGGCAUAUUUAAUGCAGUUAAGAGCACUGUGUGUGAAGAAAAUGUACUUUACAAUAUUUAUUUUACUAUACAGCUACAUUUUAUUUUUUAGAAGAUGUAGUUUUACAUGUACGCAUCAAUGGAUUUGUGAUCAGCUUCAAACAUGCGUUGAAUGCCAGUGUUGUAUUAACAUCCAAUAGAUUAAAUGUUUCCACAUCUUAAUGAGCAUCAGCAAUGCAAAACCAUGAAAUGUACUUGUUUGUUAUAAGCAUGUUGCACAGGAAGUCCUUGAACAAAGAGACAGAAAUCUAAAAUGUGUUGACUGGAGUCACAGGGUCAGACUAUGUUGCUUUUGUGGCCCCCAGACUCAAACCUUCAAGCAAUAUUUAAAAUGAAGCCUGGCACAUGCAUCUUACAAGGCCCUAAUCCCCUUCAUACCACCAGCUACAGGAAAUAAAAUAUACAGCAGUAUUGCAUAAUCCUACAGCUGUUAAACAAGUUGUGCCACACAGUUUUCAUGACAUGCAAACACACAAGCUGCCUUAUCAUCAAUGGACAUAUUAAAGCCUUUAUCAGAGUGUCAGUCUGAAAAAUA